CCCUGUCCGCAGAGUAUCCGAGAGGUGGUGUGGGCGUGCACAGAGAAUCCUCCAAAUAUUAACCAGGUGCUUUUCCUUCUCACAUUUCCUUCUCAUUUUCUUCCUCCAAGCCACGCAGGAAAGAUUCGUUUUGCGUCACGGGAAAACAAAGUAACUUUACCGGAGCAAUGCGGGACCCGAACACCAGCAUCUCUUUGGAUCUAGACCCCUGAAAUCCCACUCAUGGCCACCGCCUGGCCACUGCAACGCCGAGCAGUUUGAGAAAGAGAGAAAUCAACGAGAUUACGGGACGGAGGGUUGAAACGACGCGACGCUCUUCUGUUAUCCAGAUGGCGGGACACGAGUGGGAUGAUUGGUUUGAACGUGAGGAAAUGAUCGGACAGAUCAGCGACAUACGAGUACAGAAUCUCCAAGUUGAGAGGGAGGUGGUGCAGAAGAGAACAUUCACUAGAUGGAUGAAUCUACAUCUAGAGAAGUGCAACCCUCCAUUGGAGGUUCGGGAUCUGUUUCGUGAUAUCCAAGACGGAAAGCUUCUGAUGGCCUUGCUUGAAGAGCUCUCGGGAUGCAAACUGCUGCAUGGGUUUAAGCCAUCCUCGCAUCGUAUUUUCAGGCUCAAUAACAUCGCCAAGGUGUUGACAUUUUUGGAAGAAAGAAAUGUGAAAUUAGUCAGCAUCGAUGCAGCAGAUGUCGCCGAUGGAAAUCCAUCCAUAGUGCUCGGCCUUAUCUGGAAUAUUAUACUCUUUUUCCAGAUCAAGGAACUCACAGGGAACAUCAAGAGUCAGUUCCCCUCAUCUUCCAGCCUCUCAUCCAUCCCCACCAGCUCUGAUUCGGACACUUCCCACUCCAGCACACCAACGGAUGAGAGGAAGCCCACCGUUGCUCCGAGGGGCCACGGAAGGGUGAUCAAGACGCUCCUACAGUGGGUUCAGAGACGUACUAGAAAAUAUGGAGUUGCUGUACAGGACUUUGGAAAGAGCUGGGCGAGCGGUCUGGCUUUUCUUGCUGUGAUUAAGUCCAUCGACCCCAGCCUGGUGGAUAUGAGAAGGGCUUUGCUCCGAUCGGCCAGAGAAAACAUUGAGGAUGCCUUCAGAACAGCCCACUACAGUCUUGGCAUCCCAAGACUACUGGAACCAGAAGACGUUACUCUGGACCGCCCCGAUGAACAAUCCAUAAUGACCUACGUCUCCCAGUUUUUGGAGCACUUUCCUGGAAUUGAGGAGGAUGAGACAUCAGAUUUUCUGGAAAGAAGUAAAAUCGAUGCUCACGCGAACAAUUAUCCAGUUCGGAAUGGUGUACAGAGGAAACGUGAUUCUUACACGGUCAAGAGAGACUUGGUUCAGCCACCGCCCAAGAUCUUUGUCUCAUCAGUGUCCGAAGAUCACUCCCCUGUGACGUCCCCUGUCCUUUCACAAGCUCCAGAGGACAAACCUUGGGCCAGUGAAACCUCCAGUUCUCCACAACCUUCAAUCUCAGACUCUGCAAUCAACUCGCCAGACUCUUGGAAUGAGGUGCCAAGUGAAUCUCAACCGAUCACAGAUGACCCGAUAAUUGAGAGCAGUAUGACCGGUGAGAAGUUUUCUACUACCACCGAUGAAGGUACGUCAGAUCUAGGGUCACCGUUUUCACCAGAGGGCACGCCGGAGAACCAUGUGGACCGUGAGCUUUUCAUAGAUGAGGGGAACUUUUCUCUCGGCUCCACGGAUAGUUUACAUGGCAAAUCCACACAGCUGACAGAAGAGGAGGAAGCUUACAAAUAUAUCUUAGAUCUUAAAGAAGAGGAAUCUGAUGAUCGUUUACCAGACAGGAGAAAUGAAUCCAAUGCGGUUAGCUUGGAACAGACCGAACCAGAUUCUGAGGUACCUUCUUAUGUUGAAAGGGACUCUGGAUACUUUCAGGAUCAUAAGGAAGCCAUAGCAGCUCAACCAGAGGGGAGUGGAGAUGAAAAUAAGAUUGAAUCUUUUCAGGACAAUGUUGAUUCUUCCAAUGCAGAAGCGUUGGAGACCGAUGGGCCAGAUGAAAAGCCUAUCAUUUUAGAAGAUGGGAAUGAGCCCGAAUGUCCUGUUCUCAAGUAUGAAAGGAUCUCCAUAUCAGAGAGCGAGGAGGACAUUAAACUGGGCACAGAUCUGGCUGAAGAACCAACAGAGGAACCAGGAACGAACUCAGCUCUUGCAAAUGGUCACGCUGAAACUAAGGAAGAUGUCAUCCGUAAUGGUCUCACUGAAGGUGAGGUAAAGGAGGUUGUAUUGGAAGAUGUGCAGGAACCUGUGGUGGUGUCAGAUCAGAGCAAAAGUGAAGUUGGAGAACUUGAUGAAGAUCAAGUUUGUUACAUGUGUGGAAGUCCAGUUGCAAAAGGCUCGGAUGACGAUAACUCGACCGAGAACCGUUAUCAUUCCGAGUUGGGAUCAGGUGAAAACUGUAAACACAUACCAAAUGAACUGAACCAUAAGCUAAAUGGACUUGUAAAUGAGCCAGGAGAGACUAAAAGUAUUAGCAAAAAUCAUAUCCAAAGUAAAAGCGAGUCGGAAAGUGGGUCAGACGCUGUGAACGAGACCGAGUUUUCCCACAGUACAAACGGUGCUCCGGUUUCAGACAACAUGGAGCCCGGAGCAGCCAAGAAUAACAGGUCUGUAUCUGUAAUUUCCCAUGAUGAUGUGGACCGUUAUGAUUCGAUAUCUGAGGUCGAUGCGAAACCCUUUCCUGACUCCCAGCAUGUUAUCAAUGUCCAUGGGCAUCCUGAAAGACGUCCCGGAGAGCUACGCCUGUCUCUCAGCAUGACUCCUCUCCAGCCCGCACCUCCUAAGCGUUCACUAACAGAGUCGGAUACGGACACUGAAGAUGCUUCAGAGGGCCACAGCGAGGGAUAUAGGACGAGAAAGGCAAAAGCAGGACCUGAUCUCCAGGAGCAAAAUCCAUUUGACAGGCACCCUGGAGAAUGGGGAGCGGUGGAGCCGGAAUCCCCAACUGAGCAUCGUGAACUCAUUAAGACAGAUAUGGACCUAACCGGUGCCAAAGAAAACACUGAGACCCUGAGGGACGGGGCGGUCACGGACGCGAGCCAGCCUUUGACUACUAUACACUUGAGGAAGAUCAUUGACACCAGCGAAGCAAAGGGACAAAAUGGAAAGCCCAUAGAUGGCAGCAAACUGGACGGUGCUAUAAAUAAAAGGUUGCAGAGCAAGCCUGCAGCGAGUUCAGAAACCACCACACCUGAAACCGGCUGGUCUGAUAUUUACAUCCUCUUUGUUGCUUGGCUCCUCAUCUACUGCAUUUUCGUCCUGCCUCAGAUGGACUCGAGGACACUUCACAAACUCCUUUUCAACAUAGAUGAGUGAUUGGCAUUGAUCAUAGAGAGGAUUCGCAUUGAUCGGCCUCCUGACAUGAACCAUGGAUGUAGUCCUGGAUGCAGGUUGGAUAUUUAAGAGCAGAUGAAAAGGAAAAGGAUGGGACUGUUGGCACCACAUCGAUUUAUUUUGUUGCCUUUUUCUUUUAUACCUGCACACAAAGUCUAAUGAAAAAGUGUUUCUUUCUGUUUGGAGGUUAUUGGUAAUCUGUUAACUUUUACUUGGUAACCUUUGGAUCUCUGUCAGCUGUGUCUAACCUAAGGCACACAUGCUAUGUAGAUUGUUUAUAAUGCUUCUGAAGAACAUGCUUUUUUUGACCUUUUAUGUUUUUUGUGCUUAUGCUAUAUGAAGAAGUAACUUUUUUUGUAAAAAGAAAAAAAUAAGAAGGUAUGCUUGACAGCUGUUAGGUUUUUUGAAUGUAUCUUAAGGAAGUGAACACAUCAGUCGCACCCCUUUUUAUUAAAUAACCCAACUAUAUUGUCAUAUGAAGGUUUUUCAGCACAAAUAGAUGUUUAGGUAAUACAAGUUUGAAGUAAACUUUUUAUAAGAUGUGGCCAGGGUUUUUAUGGUACAUAUUGUUAAAAAAGAUGACCCGUAUAGGGCUUUCUAACUUAUUUAGAAGCUUUCAUGGUCUAAGCAGCACUUUUGUAUAUUUAGGAGAAGAACUGCCAAAGAUUCAGAAAACUGGAAAACUAUCCCGUAACACAGAGAUAAAAAAAAUCCUGUUCUUUUACCAACACAUCCUGUGCUUAUUUACAGUAUAUUAUGAAUUUUACGAAAUGCAAGAGCACACAUCUUGAACCCAUUUUUUUAUUUUACAUGUUUAUAAAUGCAAUAUUGACUGAAUUUUUAAUAUUUUUUGGACACUGAAAUUGUCAGUGGUGUUUUCAGUCUCUAGACUGAGAUAAAUCUCAAAUGAUGGGAUUAAAUUUAAGCCUGUGGGAGCUGUAAUAAAUGUCUUAAAAAAAAAUUUCAUUAUUAUCAUACAAACUAUAAUUCAGAAACCAGCACAAUAGCUGCUAGUCGCAUGAUUGUGGAGAAUUACACUGAUCUCAGAACAGAGAUUGUAGUAAUGCACCCUGAUAAAUUCACAUAUAGCCUACAUACAUCCAACUCUGCAAAUAAGCCAAACGUUAGACUGCAAGUCUGCAUGAGAAUGUAUAUGGGAAAUAACUUGUUUCUUUAAUAUUUUAAAAGUCACCAAGUGAAUUUCUGUCCUGCUUUUGUAAUGGAGAUUAUUCAUGUUAAAUGCACUGGAGUGCAAUAAAUGAUUUAUCCUUUG